AUGGAGAGGUUUCCAAUUUUUAAAGAGAGCAAGAAAUUUGAGUUAGGAAUGAUGUUUAAAGAUAAGCUGCAAGUUAGAGAUGCUAUUAAAGAGUAUGCAAUGGAUAACAAGAAGAAUGUUGUCUUAAGAAAGAAUGACAAGAAAAAAAUGGCUGUACGAUGCAUGGAAGGUUGUUCAUUUUAUAUACGUUUUAGUAUGAGGACUAACAAUGGGUUUUGGCAACUUGUUAGCUUCACCGACGAACAUAGUUGCCAUAGGACACCAAAGAAUAUACAAGCAAAAACGAAUUGGUUAGCUCGGCAAUUUGUGUAUACAUUAAGACAUAGUCCUGACAUGAAGACUAAAGAAUUUAUUGCUGAAGCCCUUCAGAAAUGGGGUGUGAAGUAUGCUGAAGAAUUGCUCAAAUCAAAUCCAAACUCAUCGGUUAAGAUACAGUGUGCUGUUUCCGAAAGUGCUUCUGUUUUUGAGAGAAUUUAUGUGUGCUUGGAAGGAUGUAAGGCUGCAUUUGCAACCACAUGCAGGCCACUGAUUGGGUUAGACGCAUGUUUUUUAAAAGGUGAAUUUGGAGGUCAAUUGAUAUCUGUUGUGGGUAAGGAUGGAAAUAACAAGAUGAUGCCGAUAUCAUUUGCGGUUGUAGAAGCAGAAACAAAGAAUUCAUGGAAAUGGUUCAUAAAGUUAUUACUUUAUGAUUUACAAUCCGUCCAUCACAAAGUCUAUGGAUUUAUCUUUGAUCAACAAAAGCUAAAUAACAUAAUGAAUGAAGGAUAUGUUAAAGAUAUGUUAAAGAACACCAUGAAUUUAUUUGGUUCUAGAUUAGUACCAGCUAUAUUAGAGAACAGUCCAUAUGUUGAGCAUAGGUUGUGUGUGAAACAUUUGUAUGGUAAUUGGAGAAAAAAAUAUCCUGGAUUAGAGAUGAAGGAAGCUCUUUGGAGGGAUGCAAGGGCCACAACUAUGCCAGGAUGGGAGAGAGCAAUGAGUCAUAUGGAAGCGCUCAAUCCUAAAGCUUGGAAAGACAUGAUGGAUAUGCCCGCUGCUUGUUGGAGUAGAUCUCACUUUAAGCCAGACACACAAUGUGACUUGCAAGUCAACAAUAUGUGCGAGGCAUUCAAUAGAGCAAUAUUGGAGCAUAGAGACAAACCAAUCAUUACCCUACUUGAAGGAAUCAAACAUUACAUAACUGUGAGGAUUGUUGCUCAAAAGGAAGCUUUAAGUAGAUGCAAAGGAAUCUUAAGUCCUAAAAUCCAAAAAGUCCUAGAAGAGACGAAGAGGGAAGCUGAAGGAUGGACUGCAACAUGGCAUUCUGAUGACGAUUUUACGAUUUUUGGGGUGUCAAACGGUGUUGAAACAUACGCGGUUAAUUUGCUGCAGAAGAUAUGUGCAUGUAGGAAAUGGGAUCUGAGGUCUACUGUCCUGGCUACUUAUAGCCACAUUAUUUUGCCGACAAAUGGCCCACAAAUAUGGCCAUCCGAAGGAUCUGAGCCAAUCAAGCCACCGAUCAUGCGGAGAGCAAUUGGCCAUCCAAAGAAGAACCCCAACAAGGCAAAUGAUGAACCUAGAAAUACAAACUCUUUGCCCCGAAAUCAUCAAACUGUGAAAUGUCAAAAAUGCGAGAACAUGGGACAUAACAAACGAGCUUGCAAAGGGAAAAUUCCAGCUGAGAGAGUGAUUCCAAAAGGUGGCAACAAAAAGGCGAAGGGAAAGAAGUCAAUGAAUGGUGCUGCACAAACAGUUAUAGAAGGAGGGUCGCAAGCAAUCCAAGACUAG